UGGCGCCGUCCUCUGCACGCGGCUCCUCCUCCGUCCAGGUGACAGAGCUGGGCGCAUGGCGAGCACGGUGCUUUAAAACGACAAAGCUGCGCAAAAACGUGCUUGCGGACAGGGGCAAAAGCACACGAGUGCGCUCGGGUCACUGUCCGCUUCGGAAGCGACAGGAGGAAUCAGGAAGAGGGAUCGCCGAGCAUCGCCUCAGAGAUCGGAGCGGCGGGGCAGCCGGCGGCAGCACUCACUCUCUCUCUCUCUCACACACACAACUCAUCAUGUCCGAGUGCGCGGCCAAACAGCCCAGCAAAGAAGCGAAGGAGAGCGAGAACGCAGCGGAGAAAUACUCGGCGAUGACGGCGAGCAAGAAAGGCGACGCGAGCGUGGGCGAGCUGUGCGCGUUCCCGCCCAUAGCGUCGCACAAACCUGUGAAAAAGCAGAUCCAGUUUGCCGAGGAGAAACAGGAGUUCAGCAGGUUCCCCAUAAAGGCAGGACGCCGAUCCCUGUCCCGGUCAAUCUCGCAGUCUUCUACAGACAGCUACAGCUCAGCCGCCUCUUACACAGACAGCUCAGAUGACGAGACCUCCCCUCGGGACAAGACUCAGAUCAACUCCAAGGGCACCAGCGACUUCUGUGUGAAGAACAUCAAGCAGGCAGAGUUUGGCCGUCAUGAGAUUGAAAUUGCAGAGCAAGAAAUGUCUGCCUUAAUCUCCCUGAGGAAGAGAGCUCUGGGGGAAAAGCCUCUGGCAGGAGCUAAAAUUGUAGGCUGCACCCACAUCACGGCUCAGACUGCGGUGUUAAUCGAAACGCUUGUGGCCUUGGGUGCUCAGUGUCGAUGGUCAGCUUGUAACAUCUACUCCACGCAAAAUGAAGUGGCUGCUGCCCUGGCAGAGGCAGGGGUUGCUGUAUUUGCCUGGAAAGGGGAGUCAGAAGAUGACUUCUGGUGGUGCAUUGACCGCUGCAUCAACAUGCAGGGAUGGCAGCCCAACAUGAUCCUUGAUGAUGGAGGAGAUUUAACUCACUGGGUAUAUAAAAAAUACCCCAGCAUCUUUAAGAAAAUCCGUGGCAUUGUGGAAGAGAGCGUCACUGGGGUGCACAGGCUGUACCAGCUGUCCAAAGCCGGGAAGCUGUGUGUUCCUGCAAUGAAUGUGAAUGACUCGGUCACCAAGCAGAAGUUUGACAACCUGUAUUGCUGUAGAGAGUCAAUCUUGGAUGGACUGAAGAGGACCACUGAUGUGAUGUUUGGAGGGAAACAGGUGGUAGUAUGUGGGUAUGGAGAGGUUGGGAAAGGCUGCUGUGCUGCUCUGAAGGCCUUGGGAGCCAUAGUAUAUGUCACAGAGAUCGACCCCAUAUGUGCCCUCCAAGCCUGCAUGGAUGGCUUCAGAGUGGUCAAGCUCAAUGAAGUAAUCCGCGUGGUGGACAUGGUUAUCACCUGCACGGGGAAUAAGAACGUGGUGACCAGGGACCAGCUGGACCGCCUGAAAAAUGGCUGCAUCGUGUGCAACAUGGGCCACUCUAACACAGAGAUUGAUGUGGCCAGCCUGAGGACCCCUGAGCUCACCUGGGAAAGAGUUCGCUCGCAGGUUGACCACGUCAUCUGGCCAGAUGGAAAGAGAGUGCUCCUGCUGGCUGAGGGCCGACUUCUGAACCUAAGCUGUUCCACCGUCCCCACAUUUGUCCUGUCAAUCACAGCCACUACUCAGGCCCUGGCCCUCAUCGAGCUGUACAAUGCCCCAGAGGGACGCUACAAGCAAGACGUCUACCUCCUGCCUAAAAAAAUGGAUGAGUAUGUUGCCAGCUUGCACCUGCCCACCUUCGAUGCUCACCUGACGGAGUUGACAGAUGAGCAGGCCAAGUAUCUGGGCCUGAACAAGAAUGGACCUUUUAAGCCUAACUACUACAGGUACUGAUGGAUAAGCAGUAACCAAGGAGACAAGCCACAGCCUGGUGAAUGGGACGUGAGCCAGGAGUAUCCUGGAGAUAACAUUCAUGUUUAUUUUUAUUUCCAUUGCAGGGGAAAAUUCUUUUAGAAAAACUCUGUUCUAUAGAGCUGAAUGCUGUUCUGUUUCACAAGUUGCUUGAUAAUCAGCUUUUUGUAAAUUCCCGCACUAUUCACUGCACUAAGGUUCUUUACUCUGUUUUACUCAGUACACUUUUAUAAUCUUCGGCAAAGCAGGCGACGUACUAUAUUCAGGAACAAAGACAGACUCUCAGAUCUCUCAGCACUUUAGCACAUGCUGUAUAUUUAACUCUUUAUCGCCCUAGUGUGGUUAUUUUGCAGCUCUGUAUUAAUCUUGGCUGUCCACAAGGCUUGCCAUACCCACGCAAAUGCAUGAGAAUCAGGGCACGCGUUAUUAGAUAUAGUCCAAAUCCAGUCUUUUUUAGUAAUCAGGUCACCUAGUGCAGGAGGGCUGGUGCUGCCUGGGAGACAUCUGUGUCUGUGAUUGCUGCUAAACAGUAAGCUGAUAGUGCCUCUGAAAGGUCUGUGGUUUUCGUGUGUGGACCAAAGGGCCAACAAAGUGUGGCCAAAUUAAAACCACUCCAUUGUAGUUCAGUGUCAGUAGCUUGAUGACAUAGCUCCAAACUAGAGCUUGCGUUCCAGGAUUCACGUUCAUUUUGUGAAGAUCCUGUUCAAGAUGACAAACAGGGCAAAGUGACCUUUUAAGCAGUUGCCCCCCUGACCCUGUUGCUCACCUGUUCCUCAUUCUGAGAUACAUUCCACAUUGUUUGGCUCCUCCUUUCUCUUUCCUCAAACCUGAGAAUGGUGACAGGAAUUUGCAGUUUCGACCUCGCACUUUUGUACAUCUCACAUCUUUAGGACUGCCAGCUAGGUGAUGCUGGAAGGCUUGAGGAUGAAAAAAAAUGCAUGUACAGGAUGAUCUGACCUCAAACAUCUUUCCACAACAUCUCAAUGGAUCUUUUCACUGCUAUGCUGCUGUUGAAAGCGUCCUCACCGGAUCUUCCGUAUCCUACUUUCUGUCCCUCUCUGUUGCUGCGGCAUUUCUUCAAGAACUUGGAACUUAUGGUUGUUUUAUAUCACGCUGUCUGUAAGGAGACGCCUCACACACAUGCAAAAUAAUGCAGAAUGCAGAAUAAUAACCACGCUGGGUUUUAAAGGUGAAAUAAUACAUUUUAGUGAAGCAGCUAAAGUUCUUGCUUAGCAUGGAUUGGCUGUCUGCAGCUACCCCAUCUUUACUGUGUACUGGUGCAGAAGACUGGAAAACUUAACUUUUGUGUACAUAUCGCAUAUAAUAGCUCUUUGAUUUUUAUUGAGCAGGAAAACAUGCAAUAUAUUUCGCCUUAUUACAAUCCUGUUAUCAGUGUAGUUAAUUGAGAAUAACACAGGCUGUGCUGACCAUAUACAUAAUUAUCCUUUAAGGAAAUUUUGGUGUUCACUGCUGAUUUUUUUUUAAAGCCAAUUUCAUAUGGACUGUAAGUUCAGGCCUUAUGCUGUGAAUAAGAGAAAAUUCAUUCCUGUUGUCAGCCAUCCAGCUUAUACGAGUGGAAAAAAAAAUCUCAGAGGGUACCUUUGCUGGCUAAGGAAACAACUCUGACAGGCAGUGAACCCACACUGCACUGAGUACACCUACUUCAGCACAGUCCCACCCACAUACGUGCCUCGGCCUGCUUCUUCUGCAUUAACAGGACGGUCAUGGCUUUAUGCGCACCCUGCAUCUCUGGGACAAGCAGUGCACUGGUUGCAGUAUUCCACACUACAUGUCCUGUGACCCAUGACGGCUCACACAGCUUGUCUGGUUUGUGGAAUGUAAGUGGUGAUGGCACAGCCACUCAGCACUUGUGUUUGGAAUGUAUUUUUACAAAACGUGAUACAGUGCGGCACAAUCACUCUUUGUAUGGCAGUGUUUUAUAGAACUUGUUUCUACAAUGAACUGAUUUUCCUGUUAUGUUUCCAAGUGAAAUUAUAGCUUUGAUUUUUUUGCUUCCUAAAAUUAAUAUUUUAUCUUUUAAAUGAGUAAUAGCAUACUGUCAAACAUUUAGCACACGGUAAAAUCAGUUAAAUAUUUGAUCCGCACAUACUGCCUUGCACUCUGCUUUACACUUUUCUUAAGUGAUCACCACCUGCUGGAAUUCUUUAAAUAAACCAUCAUAUUUUAAUUAAGUUCUAGUUAAAGUUUUUUCCUUGACUUUUAGGGAGCACUCAAAGUCAUUUCAAUGCAGGUUGCAUUUAGAUAGGUUAAAGAGUUCAGGAAGGAGAUACUACAUGCCUGAGUGAGACCAGUGUUCGGUGGAUAGUGAAUGUAUCAAAAAUUAUUCAAAAUAUGUGUUGUGAAAGUUUCCUCUUGCUGAGGGUAAUAAGGAAAAGUAUUCUAUAUGCUACAGUAACUCACAAUGACUAGACAGAAAUAUAUGGUGAAUAAUAACUUCAGUGAUAUAUUUACAUAAAAGUCCUGCAGCACUACACAUUAACCUCUGGAUUGAAUAUUAUGUGAGUAGUGUUAUAGGCUUGGGUAAUAAACUUAAUAGUAAUAAGUUCAGUUUUGAGUUGUUUCACUGCUGGCAAACAGUAAACAUUUCUAGUACGAUUGCUGUGUACCUCCUACUUGUUCACUUUUGGGGUCCCUGGUGGAUGUCAGUAAUGUCACUGUUGAAUCACUACACAUUACUUUAAACUUGCUCCAAGAAGAUGAUGAUGAUGAUGGCAAUAGGUAGGGAACAGUAUAUUGUGACAGAGCUAGCUUGACAUAUUUGUAUCAAGGUAACAGCCUAUUAAUAAUUAUCUCAAAAUCAGAAUAA